CGGAGCACAGCCACCGAUCGGCUGCUGUUGGAGCGGACGCAGCGUGGCGGCGACCGAUCCCGGCCUGUGCCGCGGGGCCUGUUCUGGUGCCCCGUGACCCCAGCGGCGCCUGGAGCAGCGACCCCGCAGACCUGAGCACCGGCGAUCUGACGUAGCGGCGCAGGAUGUCAAAAGGUGCGUUGUUGCUGCUGGCCCUGCAGCUGAUCAUCACUGCCAGCAGUGAGAUAAUCGUCACUCGCAGCGUGAUCGAUGGACUCUGCCAACGGAUGUCGCUCUCGAGAGGGCACCGGAUCUGUGAUCGCCUCAGCAGGCGCAGGAGGUCGGCCGAUGUGUCUGCCUUCGUCUCUGAUGCUGCUAUCGACAACCUGAUGAAGUCGACGAUGCCUGGGACCAAAUGGUGCGGCGCAGGCAGCGCGGCCACAAGCUAUGACGACCUGGGGCCGGCCGAAGCGACCGACCGAUGCUGCCGUGACCACGACCACUGCCCGCUCUGGCUCGCCGCCGGCCAGACCAGCCGGGGCGCCACCAACACCAUGCCCUACACGGCGUCAUCUUGUCGAUGCGACGCCAGUUUCUUCCGAUGCCUGCGACGAGCUCAUUCUCCGGCUUCCCAGCUUGUUGGAGAGCUGUUUUUCAACGUGCUGCAUCCAAAAUGUCUCGUAACAGUGCGCAACGCCCGUCAGGUAGCACCACCCAGGCUUGAGGACGAGCGCCAUCCCGGUGAGGACAGAAGCGAGUCUGGGAAGGAUUGCAAUGAGCGCAAUGAGGACUUCAAUGGGCCUGAUGAGUGGGGCCGGCUGGCGCUGGUGGAGAGCAGCCUGCAGGGUCAGUACCCCGACCUGCCCAAGCACGACACCCAGCUGGCCAGAAACGCCGAGGAUAUGGCCGCCCAGAUGUUGGACCUCCUGAUCCAGGGUCAGGAGCCGUGAUCUGGACCUCCUGAUCCAAGGUCGUAAGCCGUGAACUCGGGGCUUCUGAUCCAGGGUUAGGAGCCGUGAUCAGGACCUCCUGAUACAGAGUCAGGAGCCGUGAGCGGAGGGGCUUAUAAUUCAGGACCAGGAUCCGUGACCGGGACCUCCUGAUCAAGGAUCAGGAGUUGCGACCGGGCCUCGUGAUCCAGGGUCACGAGAUUUGAUCAGGUCUCCUAAUCCAGCGUCAGGCGUCUGAUCGGGUCUCCUGGUCCAAGACCAGGAAUCGUGACCGGAACCUCAUCCAGGAUCACGAGUGCCGUGAGCUGUGAACCUUCUGAUCAAGAGUCAGGAGCCGCGACACAGGUGUCCUGGUCCAGAGUCAGGAACUGUGGGCGAGAGCCUCACAUCAUUCAGUCACGGUUCCUGCAUCACCAGGAACCGUGGCUGCACUCCUGAUCCAAAAUCAAGUGCCGCGACUGGACCUGGUCUCGGAACAAAAGAGUAGCGAUUGGAAUCAAUGGAAUCGUGCUUCCUCCUUCAGCCAACCACUGUUACCCAGGCAUUACAUUCGUACGAGUGUGCUCUACCCGAGGUCGUAACGUGGUCCUUAUAAAUGUGUAUGCAAACAAAUAUGAAAUGCGUUGUCUUGCGCAUUUAUGACAAGCGUCGUAGUCAAAACAUUUAGUUGUCAGUAGCACCAUCGCAAAGUUUAGGACUUCAAAAGACUGGUUAACUGACAUCACGCGCAUUGCUCCGGACCGCCUGCACUCCGGUCCAAAACGGCAAAAAAUUAGGUGAAAAUCCGGACAAGGCUGAAUCGCAAAUCAAAUGCAGUACAUUCAAAAAAUUUAUUCCUGUUCACUUGCACAUUAACUUAGCAGAUCAGUUGUGUCUCAGACAGGAAAUGGAGUCAUUAUCUACGGAUUUCAUCAGUAAAACACGUCAUUGCUCGUAAUACACUCAGCAUAGCGUCCCAUGUGGUGCAUGCAUGAUACGCGCGUAUAACGACUGACAGGGCAUAUUUUGACGCUGUGCAAUGCUGCUGUGCCAUGGGAAAGUAGGCCGGUGGCCAGCUGAAUAAAUCGAAACCACAUCUCA